AUGGUGUUUGGGAGGAGAAAAGACGAGAGGAUUGAUUUGAAGAAGGUUGUGGAGGAGGCAGUGGAAUUGGCGGGGAUGUUCAAUAUUGCGGACUUUGUGCCAUUCCUUGGCCCCAUUGACCUCCAGGGAAUAACGCGUCGGUUAAAAUCCACCUCCCAAACUCUAGAUAAAAUCUUGCAAAUAAUUAUUACUGAGCACGAGCAAGAGCAAGACAGUGGAAAGAGCAAGGAUGAUAGAGAUUUUUUGGAUGUACUACUGUCGUUGAAGAGUAUAAAACAUGGGGAGCAAUCAAUUUCAAUCGAUCAAACGAAUAUCAAAGCAAUGGCUGUGGACAUGAUCGUGGGAGCAUUUGAUACCUCAAGUGUUGCGAUUGACUGGAUCAUGACAGAACUCAUUAGGCAUCCUCGGGUGAUGAAAAAGCUCAAGGAAGAGUUGAAAAACGUCGUAGGAGACGAUCGCAUGGUGGAGGAGGAAGAUCUGGCCCAACUUAAUUACCUAGACAUGAUAAUCAAGGAGACUAUGCGACUGCAUCCAGUCGCUCCAUUGUUAGGCCCUCGCGAAUCAACGGAGGAUAUUUUCCUCGACCAAUACUUCAUACCUAGCAAGUCAAGAAUCAUUGUGAAUGCCUGGGCAAUUGGGCGCGACCCCAGGGUGUGGUCGGACAAUGUUCACGAAUUCCUGCCCGAGAGGUUUGUUGGGUCGGAUAUCGACCUAAAAGGCCAGCAUUUUCAGCUCACACCAUUCGGGUCGGGCCGUAGAGGUUGCCCCGGGAUGCAAUUGGGCUUAACUACAGUACGACUGGUGGCCGCCCAAUUAGUGCAUUGUUUUGAUUGGGAGCUGCCUGAUGACAUGUCACCAAGUGAUCUGGACAUGAGUGAAAAGUUUGGGCUAUCAUUGCCAAGGGCCAAACCUUUGCUUGCAAUCCCAACUUGGCGCUUAAUUGCCACAGAUGUAUAA